AUGAUAUGGAAACGAUUUGGCAUGGCAGACAAAUCAAGGAAGAUUUGUUACAUUGCAUUAGACUAUGAAAGGGAGACUGCUGCUUCUGAAUCAUCUCCAGUCAACCAGUCUUAUGAAUUGCCAGAUGGCAAGGUGAUUACGAUUGGUCACGAAAGAUUCAAAUGUCCAGAAGUCUUGUUCCAACCAAAUUUGAUUGGUAUGGAAGCAGCUGGUAUACAUGAAGCUAUUUUCAACACCAUCAAGAAUUGCGAUAUUGACAUUAGAAAGAAAAUGUUUGAAAAUGUUGUCUUGGCUGGUGGUUCUACCUUGUUCAAAGGUUUUGCUGAAAGAAUGACCAAGGAAUUGACAAAUUUGGCUCCUGCUUCUGUGAAUAUUAACGUUAUUGCUCCUCCUGAAAGAAUGUUUACUGCCUGGAUUGGUGGAUCCCUUUUGGGUUCAUUGUCCUCCUUCCAACCAUUGUGGAUCAUAAAGGAAGAAUAUAUGGAGGACAAGAAUGUUUGUACUUGUGUUGGAUGGUCUAGAGGAGAAAAUCAAUUAUAUAGUAUUGCCGAUGAUAAACAAAUUUGGAGAUGGAAUUUGAAUGGAGAACCCUUAUCUAAAUUAUGUGAUCUCGAUGUAUUAAUAACGGACAUGCACUGGUUUCCUUCCUAUAGCAAAAAACUUGCUUCAAGCACAUCGGAUGUUUUUGCAGUGAGCUGUGCCGAUGGCUCAUUCCGAUUAAUGUCGAAAACUGGAAGAGUCGAAAAAACUGUUGCAAAUGCACACAAAGGAGCCGUGGUUACGGUCCGUUGGAGUUAUGAAGGAAAUGCACUUGUCACAGCAGGAGAAGAUGGUGUUUUGAGAAUUUGGUCACGAGGUGGUCAGCUCCGAUCAACUCUGGCAAGUAUAGGAAAAAGUGUAUACUCGGUAGCAUGGGGUCCAUCCAGUGAAGAAGUUCUGUUUACGAAUGGAAGAGAUUUAGUGAUCAAACCUAUUCAUGUUUCUUCUAAACAAAUACAAUGGAAAGCACAUGACGCUCAAAUCUUAAAAGUGGAUUGGAAUCCUCUUACAAAUAUGAUUGUCAGUGGAGGAGAAGAUGGAAAAUACAAGGUGUGGGACAAUUUUGGAAGGCUAUUAUACUCGAGUGCUCCUUUUGAUUACAGCAUUACAAGUGUUUCAUGGUCACCCAAUGGUGAAUUAUUUGCAGCAGGUUCUUUCAAUACCUUAAAAGUGUGUGACAAGUCAGGAUGGACCAUCUCAAGAGUAACCACCAACAACACUGGAGCCAUCAUGGAUAUUUCAUGGACCAGUGAUGGAACUCAAUUAGCAGCAGCGGGAGGAAGUGGGAGAGUAUGCUUUGGAAACCUUGUGGGUAAAUCAUUGGCUUGGAAGAAUUUACUGAUCACUCUCGAAAAUGAUGUUACCUUGAAAGUAUUUGAUCUUGUUUCAGAGGGAUCUGAAGAUUUAACAUUCCGUGACAAGGUUAUUAAUUGGUCGUUGGGAUUUGGAAAAUUAAUUGUAGCUACAUGGAGCCAAAUCUGGGUCUAUGAUAUUAAGAAUUUGAGCACUCCUCACGUGUUCGAUGUCAAAGAUAAUAUUAAUCUCAUACUGCAAUCAAAAAAUGCCUUCGUAACCAUGGAUAAUUUCAGCGGUAUUCAAAUCUAUAAUUAUGAAGGAAGGUUGACGAGCAAUCCAAAAUUUUCAGGAUUAAGGACCGAGUUUUUGAAUAGUUACUCGGUAUCUUUGAGUGACGACAUUAUUGCUAUUAUUGACAAAGGGGAAGCAAAAUCCACAGCAAUAAGAAUUCUUGAUGUUACGAGUGGAAAGGAGUUGGACAAACUCGUGCAUAAUAUGGAGAUUGUUCAAGUGGAAGUGAGUCAAUUUGGAUCUAAGACUGACCGGUGUAUUGCAUUCAUUGACCGAAACCGUGAUUUGUAUAUUAGCCAAGCUAAGAAACCAAGUGAUGUUUUCAAAUUAGCCACUAUGGUAGACUCUGCCAUGUGGAAUGAUCAAACCGACAUGCUCUCAGUAAUUUCUGGUGGUCAGCUCAUUAUUUUCUACUAUCCAAGAAUUGUCUAUGUUGAUCGAGACUUGCUUCCCUAUGUAAGGUUUGAGAAGGAUGACAUUGGUAAACAAUCUACCAUUCAUGAUUUCUUUGACACCAAAAUUAACAUUCGACGGGUGGAUGGAACAGUCAUUACUGAGGCUGUUCAUCCUUAUCCCAUCAUAUUGUACGAGUUGAUUGAAAAUAAGAAGUGGGAACAAGCUAUUCGGUUGUGUCGAUUUGUUAAAGAUAAGGCAAUAUGGGCAACGUUGGUCGGAAUGGCCAUUAAAUUGAAUCAACUCAAUACUGCAGAGGUUGGUUUGGCCGCUCUUGAAGAAGUUGACAAAUUGCGAUACAUUUCCAAAAUCAAGAGAAUUCCAUCACAAGAAGGCAAAAAUGCAGCAUUGUCUCUCUUUAUGAGGAACAUUGAAGAGGCAGAGUCAAUUUUGCUGCAAGCUCGGCUAAUCUAUAGAGCCAUCAAAAUGCACAUUAAAUUAUUCAAAUGGGAACGUGCGUUGGAUUUGGCCAAACGAUUCAAAGUUCAUAUUGACACGGUGAUUGCCUAUCGGAGAAAGUAUUUAGCAGAAUCAGGUCAAGAGGAAACUAAACCCGAAUUUUUACAAUUCCAAGAAAUGGAAGUAAAUUGGGAUGAAAUCAGGGAACGAAUCACUCAAGAAAAAGCAAAAGAAAAGAAUGGAAAAUAA